GCACUAGACCCCGAUAAUGGACAUCAUAUCAUGGAGCCAUUUUCUUUUGCGAGCUCAGAAGCUUUGGAGCUUCCAGUAAGCAUUAGGAUUGUCAGCCUCGAGGGAGAACAAGCGCCUAUCCCAUUCUCCACGUUGAUAAAGAGGCCUGACUUGCGGCACAUCGGGUCGAAUUUGAGCCCUCACUCAGAUCUCUAUGUCACAGUGCAGCUAUGGGCCGACUCGAAGCCUCUGACAGUGCCUGUUCAGACCGCAUACAAACCGUUUAGAAACGAGAGAAAGUGGAACGAAUGGCUCACCCUUCCUAUCAACUAUUCGACGUUACCCUUAAGCUCGCAACUCGCGAUUACAGUAUGGGACUUAUCACCAACCGGCGGGGAGGGUGCGCAAGGCCACGCAAUACCGUUUGGGGGAACUACGCUCCCAUUAUUUGAUAAGGAGAACCAGCUGCAGAAAGGACGUCAAAAAUGCUACCUACAUCGUCUCAAAGGCGCAGAUGGCUUAGACUCCACCUCGACUCCUUCCAUCUUUCCGGGUGACCGGCGCAAUGGGUCUAAGGGAAAGAAGGGCCUAGACACGAUUGAUAAGGAAAGCGAGGAGUUGGACAGGCUGGAAAAGCUCUUCAAGAAACAUGAAAUGGGCGAGAUACCUCGGAUAGAAUGGCUAGACCAACUAGUAUUCCGCGGAGUUGAAAAGCGUGGACUGCAGGCAUCUACCACAUCUCUCAAGACCCUUCAGCGAAGCAGAGCUCGAAAGCAGAAGACGAUCACAACAUUGGAUGGACAGGAAGAGAAGAAUGAAGACCUUGAUAUCUAUGAGGAUUCUGUCGAGGACGAAAGAUUCACAUUACAUGUCGAAUUACCACGAUUCGACUUUCCUAUUGUCUUCGCAGACCACGAAUACCCACCACCGCCCAUAUCGUCGCUGCAACAUCUCUCAACCUCCCAAUCAAACAUUAUACUCAAACCACCACCAGAAGUUCAAUAUGGCCCAGGUAUCCACGGCCUUGGUGACAACGACAAUGACGAUGAGGGUUUUGGGGGGCGCUUAGUACGAGUCUACGACCCAGAAGUUGGGGCUAGAGAUAAUCCUGCGGAAAGCAAACAUCGGCGUCUCGUGAGAAGUCAUCGAACUGGUGUAUUGGAUCGAGAUCUCAAACCAAAUGCCAAAGUGAGGGACGAGUUGAAUGCAAUUAUGGCUUAUUCGCCAACGCACAUACUUUCUCCUGAAGAGAAGGAUCUUGUCUGGAAGUUCCGUCAUCACCUUACUAGAGACAAGAGAGCCUUGACCAAGUUCGUCAAAUCCGUGAAUUGGCAUGAUCCAAGCGAACCACGCCAAGCGGUACAGAUCCUUGCAAAAUGGACCGAAAUUGAUGUUGAUGAUGCUCUUGAACUGCUGGGCCCUACAUUUGAUAAUCCUGCAGUGAGAGCGUAUGCUGUUGAUCGUCUGAGAAAGUCCGACGAUGAUGAGCUUCUGCUUUAUCUCUUACAGUUGGUGCAAGCUCUUAAAUUCGAGCACAUAUCACCCGAUUCCACCCAAGAUGCGACGCAAGAUUCUUCGCUUGCACGAUUUCUCAUUGCACGAGCAACCCGUAACUUUAUGCUCGGGAACUACUUCCAUUGGUACCUCAUGGUGGAGUGUGAUGACAGGAGUGAAGCCCAAGGCGCGGAGUAUCGCAAACUAUUCGCUAAGGUCGAGUAUGAUUUCAUGACCGAGUUAGUGAAGCUUCCAGGUGGUCCUGAAACUCGGAAAACUCUCCUACGACAGGCUGAACUCAUAACAGUUCUCUCUAAAAUCUCGGGGGAUAUCAAGGCGUCUAAAGAAACGAUACCCCGGAAGGCCGAAAGGGUGAAGCAGUUUCUUGCUGACCCUAAAAAUGAGAUUAUUACUAUUGACCCGCCUCUACCACUUCCCUUAGAUCCAUCUGUCAUGAUCACAGGUGUCGAUCCAGCAGAGACUCUGGUCUUCAAAUCGUCACUUUGUCCGAUUAGGAUUACCUUCAAGACGACAACCAGACAAAAGUACCAGAUCAUUUUCAAGACGGGGGACGAUCUUCGACAAGACCAACUAGUCAUUCAAAUCAUCACACUAAUGGACCAGUUACUUCAAAAGGAAAACCUGGACCUGAAGUUAUCUCCAUAUAAGAUUCUCGCUACCAGUGUAACUGCUGGAGCAGCCCAAUUCGUGCCGUCGAUGAGUUUGCAAGCCAUUGUUACCAAAUACAAGGGUAAUCAGGUCUUAGCCUACCUGAAGUCAAACAAUCCUGAUGACAAGGCACCACUGGGUGUCCGCAAGGAGGCACUCGAUAUAUUCGUCAAGUCGUGUGCAGGAUACUGUGUCAUUACCUACCUGCUCGGGGUAGGAGAUCGCCAUUUGGACAACCUCCUCCUAUCUCCGGAUGGACAUUUUUUCCACGCAGACUUCGGCUUUAUUCUUGGCCGCGAUCCCAAACCCUUUGCCCCGGCCAUGAAGCUCUGCAAAGAAAUGGUUGACGGCAUGGGCGGUGCAUCCUCAGAGCAAUACCGCCAGUUCAAACAAUAUUGCUUUACAGCUUACACUACCUUACGGAAAUCCUCAAAUUUGAUUCUUAACUUGUUUAGCCUGAUGGUGGAUGCCAAUAUUCCCGAUAUCAAAUUGGAGCCAGAUAAGGUGGUAUUGAAGGUUAAGGAGAGGUUCCAUUUGGAAAUGAGCGAGGAGGAUGCAAUUAGGCACUUUGAGAGGCUGAUUGAGGAUAGUUCGAAUGCUAUCUUCCCCGUGGUUAUCGAUAGGUUACAUGGGUUAGUGCAGCAUUUUAGGGUGUAAAGACUUGCAUGUCGUGGAGUUGGGAAUUAGAGGGGUUCGGAAUGGGCGUUAUAUCUGUGAAUGGGGAUUUUGGAAAUAAUUACUUGGGCUUCCGGAGAAAUAUUCAGACACAUUGAAUUGAGAAAUCGACUUGAUUUCAUGAGAAAAAGCAGGAGUAUGGCAUACAUUAGUAUGAACUGUGACUGGCAGAAAUGGG